AUGCGUCGACAAUCCUUGAUCUACACAGCUCCUGAUAUCGGGUUUCUUACCGUUACUGACAAUCUUAACAGGACCUACCAAUACGUAACCUCAUCAAACACAGGGAUCGACGGUGUCAUUACCGGCCUUACCCUGAAUCCCUUCAAGAUAAAGGAGAUAAUAGUCGACAUCAUGGACGACUUUCCAGAGAUACAAAUAGCCACCGCAUAUCAGCUAAACGGCCAGAUUCUCGACUCCUUCCCAGCAGACUUGCAAAAACUAGCAAGGGCACAGGUCCAGUAUACGACCUGA